ACUGCUGCCUGGUACUACUACUUUCCAGGGUAGGCCUGGUAAAGUUACGCAAGUUGUUCAUAGAAGAGUGGAAUUCCAUGUAUAGUGGUGUCUUUGUUCCAUGGACUGACAGCCAUCAAAAUGGCACUGACUUAUUGACAAAGUACACUCCACAUCCACCUUAUGAGAGACCGAAAGUCCAGUCAGGGGACACUACAAAGUGGGAUAUAUCUCUGUUUGUCAAAGUGCUAUUGAAUUCCAGGCCUCCAUUUGUGGACAUGAGCAACAGGGCUUUAGUUGAAGGCUUAAAAUGUUUAAGAGAAACAAGAAACUCACUUUGUCAUACAGAAAGCAACAGGAUUACACCUGCAGAGUUUACACCACUGUAUAAGGAUCUAUUUGAUGCAUUGUUGGUAAUUGGUGCUUCCACCAUGGAGUUCAAGAAUGUUGAAGAUGAUGCGCAAAACCUGGAAUGGAAUGAGCUCUUAUAUCAAGUCAAGCAAACUUCAGCUCAAGAUAAAGAUAUGCUACAAGGAAUUGAUACAA